UCUCUAAAUCCCUAAAAUUUCCCCCUUUUCCAAUUCAAUUCAUCCCCUUUCUCUUCCCCCACUCUUAUCUAAUGGAUAUAUCUUUAAUUUGUGAUACGUUAACGGUAGCCACCUCCAACGUCGUGGGGUUUGCGAAUUUGAUUCUCGAUCCCCACCAUCAAUUCGCCGCAAACGUUUGUCUUUCCCUCUCCUCCGAUUAUUCCUCUGAUAAUCUUGGAAUUCUUCAGGUAACCGCCGGAAUGGUCCCCUUCGACGCCGUUGCACCUCCUCCCACCAAGCCUAAUUCCUAUAAGACGUUACCUCGAACUCUCCUUCGCAGAAAGCGUCGCACCAAGCGGAUGUUAUUCGGCGGGGAAGACUCUAACGACGGCGAUGUUCACGGCUUCUUCUUCAGUAGUGACGGCAGCGAUGGGUACGGUCCGUUUGGCGGUGGAGGUGGAGGGAGCAAUUGGGGUGGUAGUGGUUGGAAUUUUGGUGAGUUUGGAGGGCAAAAUUGGGAUGAUUCGUCGUUGUCAUCCCCAUGGACUGUAAAUGCUAUGGAUUUUAUGUAUGAAGUGAUUUUCUGGAUUGCGUUGUCGAAUUGCGUGCACUUUGCGUUUAAGAAGGUGGUUAGAAUUGUGGCAAAUGGUAUCGGGGAAGCAGGAGAAAGGGAAAAGGUUCCAAUGAGAUUGAUUUCAGUUUGCCGAUAUGCAGAUUAAUUGGGUAUUUUAAGAUUUCUGCCAUUUAUGUACCAAAUUCAAGUUCAAAUGUAUAUAUGGUUGUAUAUAUAUAUACUUAUCAUCUUUAUGGAUUGUUUAUAAUCA